AUGCAGUUGCUGGCGACAGGACGGGCCCUGCGGGUUUCCUGCAGAUGGUCUUUGGCUGCCUCGAAUUUGGCUGCAUCGCGACCGAUUUUUAUCAAUCGAUUACUCACAUACCAAUCGAAAGCACUACGACCCCGGUUCAACAGCUCUACUGCAGCUCCAAAGGACAAGGAGACCGUCGGAACGAAACCAGAGCCAUCAAUUGCAUCGUCUUCUCCAGCUUUCACCGUGGGAAACAAGUCCUACCAGCCGGAUGAAUGGACAAACGCCCCCAGUCACAUCCUCGCGCACCUCGGCCGUGGUUUAUAUCUAGACGAGAACCAUCCUCUCUCAAUAACCCGGAAGCUCGUCGAGAGCCAAUUCUCCGGCCCUGAAUUUGGGAACUAUGCUGAACCGGAUCCAAUUGUUCCUGCAGCGCGGAACUUUGACGACCUAGGUUUCCCAGCAGAUCAUCCGGGUCGAAGCCGGACAGACACAUACUAUUUGGAUAAACAUACUGUUUUACGGACACAUACAAGUGCACAUCAGCGAGCAUACUUCCAGCAGAUGAACAGGAAUGAGGCUACCAAGCCGGAAGAGAAAGGAUACACUAUUGUAGCAGACGUUUACCGCCGCGAUGCUAUUGACCGAAGCCAUUAUCCCGUCUUUCACCAGAUGGAAUGUGCACGACUAUGGAAACGACCUGAGAACGAACCACUGAAGUCCUCUCAACAAACGGCUGCGCAGAUAUGGAAAGAUCUUGAAGCUCUCCCUCGUCAUGAUGUUAUCGUGGAAGAUCCCAACCCAACUAUACAUCCGACUCGCAACCCGCUGCAAGAUAAAUAUCAUACUGCAGAGGAAGCCGAGGCGAUUACCGCCCAUCUUAAGCGUUCUCUCGAACUGCUCGUCAUAAGAAUCUUCUCUGCUGCUAGAGAAGCCACCGAGAACCCAGAUGCUGCACAAGAACCCUUGAAAAUCAGAUGGAUCGAGGCAUACUUCCCUUUCACCAGCCCAUCCUUCGAACUAGAAGUCUUCUGGCAAGGCGAAUGGCUAGAACUGCUAGGUUGCGGUGUCGUCAAGCAAGAGCUUCUCAAUUCCUCUGGCGUCUCACAUCGAAUUGGCUGGGCUUUCGGCCUGGGCCUUGAACGAAUCGCAAUGCUUUUGUUCAACAUUCCUGACAUCCGUCUUUUCUGGUCCAAGGAUCCAAGGUUCCUUUCCCAGUUCCAGGCAGGCAAGAUCACUCGUUUCGUGCCUUUCUCUAAACACCCAGCAUGCUACAAAGACGUUGCAUUUUGGCUCCCUCCCUCUGCAGCCGGCUCCGUAAGUGCAGCUGGAGGAAGUGUGCCGUUCCAUGAAAAUGAUAUAAUGGAGAUCGUACGAGGUGCAGCUGGCGAUUUAGCAGAGGAUGUAAGUUUGGUUGAUGAGUUUACGCAUCCGAAGACAGGAAGGAAGAGUUUAUGUUAUCGAAUCAAUUAUAGGAGUUUGGAAAGGACUUUGACGAAUGAAGAGACAAAUAAGCUGCAUGAUAAGCUGCUAUUAAAUGAGUCUCUAAUUUGCAAUUGUACAUCGUUCCAUGCACCAUUCAUACCGCACCAAAGCAGCAGCAAGAAUCCGCCAGCAGGAAAGAAAAGUAGGGAAGAAAAGAAAAAGGGCAUGAGGCAAAAACAUACAAAUAAGAGAGGAGAGAUAGGAGAGACAAGAACAGUAUAA